AUGUACAAAUUCAGGGUUCGUCGCACUCCCCCACUUCCACCGCCAGGAACCACAGUAAUCAAGAAAACUACCGUAUACCUAGCGCCAAGGGUUCGUCACUGGUUCCAACGUCCACUGCCGAAUCGCCCACCUCCACCUAUGCAACCAAAUAGACCUCCUCCACUACCACCUCAGCCUAAAGCGGCGUGGUGGGAAUAUGCUAAGUAUUACCAGUCUCCCCAUCAGGAGUGCGUGACAUGUGCCGUCAUUCCUGCUGGAUCUAGUGGCAAGUAA